AUGGAACAUGGACCGUUCGACUCCUCUCCGCCCAUUCUAGAUCCUUCAUCCGCGCCUUUCCCAUCGUUUCCUAUGCCUGUGCCUGUCAUCAAUGUGCAAAUGCCUAGCACUGAUGCACCGUACGGACAGCCGUAUGCUUCAGAGUAUCCAUACGCUUCUGAGUACCCAUACACCCUCGAGCCCCCAUACACCCCUGAGCCUCCAUCUACUUUUGAGCAUCUCGCCUCUGAAAAUCCAUACACCCCCGAGCCCCCAUAUCCACUCCAGCAGCCUCAACAACCGUAUCAUGUCCGUCCUCACGUAUCAGUGCCACUUAACCUUGACCACGCUGAUAUGCCACUUGAACCGUGGGUCCCAAAGGUGCCGGGGCUGUCAGACGAGGAGGAAGUUGACUCUACGGCUGAGCCUGUCUACAUCCCUACCACUGAGCAUGUCCAGGCAGAAGCAUCUGUUUCUCGCAAGCCAUCCCGCAUACAGCGUUUGGCUUCCUUUCUAGGACUAAGACCUAAGGAAUCGACAGCUUCACGUCAUUUCUGA